AUGUUCGUCAUUUGGCUGAUUGAGUAUGGGAUACAAAUCAUUCACAAAGGAGGUCACAAAGGAACGGAACAGAUGAACGAAGAGGGGGAAAAGGAAGGCUCACAUGCGGCACCAUUUUCGUCGAUUGAUUGCGAGAUGGAGGUCGUCUCCCGAGAGAAGACGAGCCUUUUGACCUCUGUGGUUGAUGGGAACCUCAGAGGAAGAAAACGAGGGGAAAGCGGGUCCGAUGGGAGUCCGGUCGGCAGCCAUUCGUCGCAGGUGAGGACCUCGGUGUUGUUUGCUCGAAAAUCACUCAAUAGAAGAAAUGUCGUUCACCUGAUGAUUGAUAGUGGAGAUGAUGGCUGCCAUGGUGGGUUUCUUUUCCUAGAAUAA